AUGCCCCUUGACGUAGUCGCUGACGACGACGUCGACUUGUUUGACGAGGAUCCACUAGAGGAUAACUUUGAGGGCGAGGCCCACAUAGCUGCUGGCGAUCUCUUACUACUCGCGGAUGCUCAUGCAGAGGAGGCACCCAUCCAUUCACCCGUCCCAGACUCCUUUGAGUCUGUGGCAUCUGCACCAUCACACGCGCAGGGAGUGCAACACUACUCGCAUGAUACAGACCCUGAUAGAGCGUCGUCCGCUGCACCUGCCCCUGCCCCGAGUUUUGUGAUCGAUCAUGACAUUGAUGAUGAUUCAGACCCCGCUUUCCCACCUGGUUUCGAUCCAGACCAGGAGAUUGAGUUUAUCCAUUUAGAUCAGCCCAUGGAGGAUCCCGUGGCACCUGUUGACCCUAUGUUUGCUGAUCACGCUGAUUUCGAGAUGGAGUUUGACGAUCCAGAGCCUGCUGUAGCCCCCGAGCCAGGUGAUCAUGCUGUUGAUGCUCCUAUCGAUGCCCCUCACAUUGCUGAUAUUCCGGCUGAUCCUCUUUUUGCCCCUCUUCCUGACCCAGUGCCUGUAGAGCCCGAUCAUGCACCCUUUGCGACCCAUGUAGACCCUCGAUAUGCGCACACCCGAAAUGGGUGGAUAGACGAUGAUGAUGACUACCCGCCUUUUGUGGUACCUGUCACACCUGCUUCAGCACCUGAUUCAGUUCCUAUUGAUGCACCCUUGUUUCCUGCACACGUCACUGAUGCGCAUCGCGCAGACCUGCCUAUCACAUUUAUCCAGGACAUACCUCCACCACGUCCUGGGGAGGGUUCAUCUCGUCAGCCUUUUGGCCAUGCACCUUUCAUGCCUGGAGGAGAUCAGUUUGUACCACAGAUCUCUCAUCAUACUGCUGUUCCCCCUGUUGCACCAUUUGUUGUGCCAUCCUUUGCUCCAUCUAGUGAGCCUUUUCUCUGGACUUCACCACCCAUCAUGCCGCCAUCUGAUCCUUAUCAUCCUUAUCACAUGAGUUCUUCCACAUAG